AUGAUCUACGAGGCCGACUAUGACGGCGGGCAAGACUACGACGGUGUCGUCGAACCCAAUAUGACGCUCUGCGUGGAGAGCUUCAUCGGCCACGAAGAGGGCGGUGAGGGGGUGAAGCUCGAAGAGCAGGUUCUGGUCACCGAGACAGGGAUCGAACUGAUGAGCACGUUCCCGUUGGACGAGAGGCUGCUUGGCCACGAGGUGUGA